ACAACUUUUCUUUUGCAAUCAUGACACUCUCAGACAGAUCAAACAGUCGUACCGACAAGGAUAGAAAAAGCAAUCGCACUUCAGGAUCAUCCUCCACAAGAUGUCCCCCUUCUUCUGUUCACAGUGCCCCCAUCGUACCGUAUCGGCCCCUCGGGUCUCCCAAUACUUGUGAGUUGUCAAGUCUUCUUGACGACGGUAGUGACCAGUCGGACACUCAAUCACUUCAUGGGUCUUUCACUCAGCGGCGCCGACAUGCCGUGUAUUUCCAUCGGCCUCCUGUCUAUGUUCCUUUACAGCGACCUGAUGCCAAUACAUUCCCCACGAAGGGAAACGUAGGAUCUCACUUGAUCCAAAACCUGAAGGAUAGAGACUGCUGUGGAUGUUGCCAGUCCCGGUCCAUAAAGGAGCCGUUCUGUGGCAAAUGUCCCGAGAACAGAGACUUAUCCGCGAAUGUCGACACUUACCACCUUCCACGUAGUAUCUCAGAGAUUGGUAUUGGGGGCUAUGAGGAACAAUUGAAGUGUCUCGAUACCAACUGGGUUGAAGAGCCGUUCAUUGUGGCUAUGGCCAAUGUCGAAGAUAAUCAAGAUGGGGAUCAUCCUCAGGGAACUCUCGAGGAGACGCUACCGGAGAUUCGCACGGAACAAGACUGGCCCAACUUCAUGGCAAAACAGAACAGUGGGGGAGAGAGUAGUGCGACGACAAUGAAGGCUGCUGGCCCAGGCAGCCAAGACCAACCGAAGUCACAGAAUCAACCGACCAUGACUACCCAAGGGGACGAGAACGGUGCAGAAAUAGCGCGCACAUUUUCUCAAAUAAUGUCGAACGAUUGCGCUCGUUUACAAUCGUACAGGGAUAUCCGACUGGGACCGGAUGAGAACUGGGUUAUACGGGAAGGAUCCUUGGUCAUUUGUUUGGACCACAAGUAUACAGAUGAUUCCAAUUUCCAAGCCAAGCGACCGGACCAAUUCGACUUUGUACACGGGGAUGUAUUCGUUGUGUGUCGCAUGUACGGGGACCUGUGGGCUCUUUGCGCCAAAGUAAAUCUCAAUUCCCCGGUCGAGUCGUCAGGGAAGAUGAAAAAUGGCAACGCUCCGAAAAGCUUCCAAAGCCUCGGGUUCCUGCCUCUUUGCGCUGUCACUUUGGCAGCCAACUUUAGCUGCUUUAUGAGAAGGUGUGCGGAGUAUGACAGGAGCUCUCAGGAAGAACCACAAACGCCUGGCAACGGCCUCCCUGUGACUCCCCCACAUCGUUCCCACAGCCUGACAGUCAGCAGUGAAAUCUUCGAGAAGUCGCUCCCAAAGCAACUACAGCUACCUAGCAUUGUGUUUGAGCUUUGUGGAGGUAGCAGCUCUUUUGAUGAAGAUGGCAAGGAAUUUGAGCCCCUAACCCAGCAACCCCAGGACACUUUCAGGAUGGGUUCCGUCUGGAAGGCUCGAUCAGGGCAGCUUGAAAGACGAAUGACAUUGAAAAAAGUGUGGCACCGACUGACGAAUUUGGAUUCGUCAGGGCCCGUAGAGUCUCCUGGCGAGAGUCAACAGCAAACAGCACCUCCUGCUCUUCCACCUCCCGCUCUUCGGCGGGUGGCCACGCAGAGACAGUCGGAGACGGCGGAUCAAACCAAACAUACAGAGACGGUAGAGAGAUCUAAAACGAGUGAGGGAAUAAAGACACCGACUGUGACGAUCCAGACAGAAGGACUUCACAAGCGUCGAAAGAGUGUCCGUGAUCUGCUGUUCAAUGUGGAAGAGAGGUGGAAGCGCAGUUCGGAUCGAGGAUCUGAUCAGUCGGACAAAGCGACGACCAAAGCCGGAGCUGGGCAGCGCGAGAACUCGCAAUAAUUUGUCAAUCCUUCAUUGUCUCUGAACCUAGGAUCCGAGGACCUUACUCACUGGUAAUUGUUUUGUGCAUUAUUCUUAUCUCGCUAUUUGGCGCUGGGUCAAAGGACCCAUUAUUCGGGAAAGAUAGUUUUACUUUUGGCAUUGUGUAUAUAGCUAAGGGUCAUUGAUUAGCUUUGUCCUGUAAAUUACUGUGGGUUGUCAACGAAGAAUUGUCGCU